UGUGGAUCUCUCCAGUAUCACCAUGGCACUCUCCGUGCGAACCUCUGGACUGCCCCAGCGGCUCUCUUCCCAGAGCGGGACACUGGGCAGAGCCAGGGGCAUGUCUUCCUCCAGCAUCGGAAGCAGCUAUGCGGGAAGCGCCUUUGGCUUUGGAGGCGGCUAUGCGGGUGGCUUUUCUGCUGCCUCCAUGUUCGGUUCUAGUUCUGGCUUGGGUGGUGGCUCUGCCAGUUCCUUUGCGGGAGGAAUGGGCACUGGUUACGGGGGAGCCAUGGGAGGUGGCUUUGGGGCCCUGGGGCUCGCAUUUGGGGGAAGCCCAGGAGGUGGGUCUCUUGGCAUCCUCUCUGGCAACGAUGGAGGCCUUCUUUCUGGAUCAGAAAAGGAAACUAUGAAAAAUCUUAACGACAGAUUGGCGUCCUACCUGGAUAAGGUUCGAGCUCUAGAAGAGGCGAACACCGAGCUAGAAAACAAAAUUCGAGAAUGGUACGAAACCCAAGGAUCUGGGGCUGGAGACCCCAGGUCACAGAAUGAUUACAGUAAAUACUAUCCACUGAUUGAAGACCUCAGGAAUAAGAUCAUUUCUGCCAGCAUUGCAAACGCCCAGCUCAUCCUGCAGAUCGACAAUGCAAGACUAGCUGCCGAAGACUUCAGGAUGAAGUAUGAGAAUGAGCUGGCCCUGUGCCAGAACGUGGAAGCUGACAUCAACGGCCUGCGCAGGGUGCUAGAUGAAAUGACCCUGGCCAGAGCCGACCUGGAGAUGCAGAUCGAGAAUCUCCAGGAGGAGUUGGCCUAUCUGAAGAAGAACCACGAGGAGGAGCUCAAAAGCUUCCAGGCAGGAGGCGCAGGCCAGGUCAGCGUAGAAAUGGACGCUGCCCCGGGAGUGGACCUCACCAGGCUCCUCAACGACAUGCGGGCACAGUACGAAGCCAUCGCCGAGCAGAACCGGAAGGACGCGGAAGCCUGGUUCAUCGAAAAGAGCGGGGAGCUCAGGAAGGAGAUCAGCACCAACACGGAGCAGCUUCAGUCCAGCAAGAGCGAGGUCACCGACCUGCGGCGCGCGCUUCAAAACCUGGAGAUCGAGCUCCAGUCCCAGCUCGCCAUGGUAGGGCGCGCGCAGAAAGACGCGGCUUCCUUUCGACUUUGCAAAGAAAAUGUUGCAUCCAAAUUAGUAAGACCACUGGCUGCCUGCCGCAUUUCGGUCCCCUCCAUUGUUACGUCUGUGUCAUUCCCCUCCCACGUGCAGAAGAAAUCCCUGGAGGACUCGUUGGCCGAAACCGAGGCCGACUACUGCGGCCAGCUGUCCCAGGUGCAGCAGCUCAUCGGCAGCCUGGAGGAGCAGCUGCUGCAGGUGCGCGCCGACGCCGACCGCCAGAACGCCGACUACCAGCGGCUGCUGAACGUCAAGACCCGCCUGGAGCUGGAGAUCGAGACCUACCGCCGCCUGCUGGACGGCGAAGCCCAAGGUGACUCUUUGGAUGAAAGUUCAUACGUGAUGACAGCCUCCAAAUCUCAAGCACCAUCAACUGAUUCCUCUAAAGACCCCACCAAAGCCCGAAAAAUCAAGACAAUUGUGCAGGAGGUGGUGAAUGGUGAAGUGGUCUCAUCCCAAGUUCAGGAAAUUGAAGAACUAAUGUAAAGUUUCACAAGAUCUGCCCCAUGAUUAGUUCCUUAGGAACAAGAAAUUUACAAGUAGAAAUUAUUCCUUUUAGAGUAAGAUGAUAUAUUAGUUUAAUCUCCAUUUCUGUUUAUUUCAUUUUCUCUGGAUUCUCCAUUCACCUUGAGUAUUUUUUGCCCUUCUGAAACAAAAUUCAAUUACAAGUCAUUGUGGCCAUGUUGGUCUAAUAAAUCAAAAUUGCCUUACAUCUUUCUGGACCUGGAGUAGUCUUUUAAUAAACUUUCUUCUAGUGAUCUGGAAUAUGUUUUUAAUCACAAGACUUUGAUCAAGUAGUACUGUUUUAAUAAAGCUAAUUUUAAUGAAAGAUGAACAGUAAUAAUGUGAAAUGUGUACUUUCUUGAAUCCAACAAUAGUGUCAAGGGUGUAGAGGGAAGUUUGUGAAAUAUUAAUAAUUAAGUAGAUAAACACUGGGAUAAAGAUAUUGGGGCUGGAGAUUAAGUUAAGAUUGUUUUAGAAGUUUUGUCCUUUUUACAUCAGCCCAUCAAGGUUACAAAAAAAUUAUAUUGUCCACUACAAGGGAUAACAUUUGUCUGAUUCAUUUUCUACCACCUUCUUUCAUUCAGUCCAGAAACACUUAUUAAACCCCCGUAGGGUGCCAGACUGAGACUCUUAAGAUGGAUAAGAUAUGGUCCUUGCCUGGAGGAGCUCACAACUGAGGACAGAGGAAGACAUCUACCGGGAACGGUGAUACAGCGAGAUAGGGCAAACAGACGUUCAAAGGACACUUGGAGGAAGAAAUGAACUGGUCAGGAGACAAUCAAAUGCUUCAUACAGAAAUCAUCCAGGCAGAGAAGGGAGAAAGGGAAUCGAGGAAGCACAUGUGAAAGGACACAGGGGCGUGAACAAACAUUGCUUUGAUGGCCUCUCUCCUAUCUG